AUGUCUAUGUUGACGGCAGUGCAAUUGAGGCACAUACUGAUGAAGAUCUUGCCUGCGCCCGAGAUGGUGGCACAAGGGAAGGCAUUCCGCAUCUCAAAUCACUUGGAGAUGGUUCGGGACAGCCUUUGGGCUAUCAAUUCCUUCCUCAUGGAUAGCACUUGUUGGGUGGGAGAGUUUGAGCCGCCCGAUGUGACAGAUUGGAUGAAGGAUGUGGGUGUGGCCGUUGAGGAUGUGGACAACCUACUGAAGAGGAUCCUAGACUACUGGGAGCCGAACGAAGAAAAUGAAGCAGAAAAGAAGAUGAAGACGAACAACUUCUUGCAUCCCUUGGUCAACAACAACAUCCGAUCGACAAGCAACCGUCGGUCCAUCCUACUAGAGCUCAAACAGACCGCCUGCUUGUUGAAUUACCUAGUCAAGGGAGGGAUUGCUUUGGGCCUCAGGAUGGAGAUGAUGGAUUCCAUGGAUCCAAACCAUGAUGACUACGCUGCUAUUCUAAAUGAGGAGGUAAUAGGAAGAGAUGAAGACGAAGACCAAAUCAUUGAUCUCCUUCAACAGCAACAAUGUGACAAAGAUGGAAAUGUACCCUUUAUCGUUGCCAUAAGAGGUAGUGAUAGAUGUGGGAAGACAACCCUAGCUCGCAAAAUCUACCAUCACACUUGGGUGCGCCAACAUUUCCAACAUCGAAUAUGGUUGGAUGCUUCAUCUUUUGAAGAUUUCAACAGCAGCAUGAUCGCCAAAGAAAUUGCUAGAUUGUUGACCCGGAAGCCAUGUAUGAAUGUCGAUUGUUGGCCACUUAUCAAUGAACAUCUUUAUGGAGAAAGAUACUUGCUCGUCUUGGAUGACGUUUAUGUAAGUGAUGAUUUGGAAUACAAAUGGGAGGAACUCAAGAUGAAUCUCCUUCAUUGUGGUGCACCUGGGAGCAAAGUCAUCGUCACUGAGUAUCCUUAUCUCGUAUAUGAAAGAGGCUUCAACGUAAAGGAAUAUGAAUUAAACCAGCUGCCUGAGGAUGCAUGGAUAAGAUUAUUGUUAAGGUAUGCAACAUUUGUCCAUCCAAUAGAAGAUAAUAACAGCAUUCACAAAGAGAAGUAUCCUCCAAUCGAAUGGAGACAACAUUCUUUUUUAAGAAAUUGUCUAGGAGCAAAGUAUAUCGGCCUCAUGUUUAGGUGGAGAGACACUAAUCAAUGGCAAGAACUAGCUGAUCAGUUUGAUGCUUCACCAUACAAUUCUAUUGUGUGGAUGCACUCAAAAUAUUGGUCAAUUGAGGUGACACAAACAUUUCUUUAUGAGUUAUUGUUUGAAGGAUCUUCAGAUGAAAGUUACCGUGAAGAAGAUGUGCUCCAUAUGUUGGUUGCUGAAGGCACUCUAACAAAUACAAGGCGUAAGAGGAGUCUUGAAUACAUGACACCAUAUACAAGGCCUCCGGCGGAUCUUGAAUACAAGUCAGAUUUCAAUUUAGAUUUAUGCUUUUUCAGAAUGAAGGUUGGUGAAGUAUCAAGUAUACCACCGCAAUGCCGCCAUCUGAGUUUGCUUAUGGAUUCUAAAAAUAUUUUAAGAUCUAAGACAGCUAUUGAAAAGGCUGGGGUAGCCAACAAGCUGAGAAGUUUGGCUUUGCAUAGGGAGGAGAACAAAGAGCCUAUUUGUCAAAUAGAGACAAAGAUACUCGAAGAAGUUGCCGGAGUCAAUCACUCGCCUCGUGAAUUUGAAAAUUUUAGAUGUUGGAGGUUGUUGUUGGCUUUCGAAAUUGUCUGA